AUGACCGCUGCGGAAACCAAAAGGGAAGCUCAUAAAUCACAAGUGUCUCGCCUCCUCAGUGCCAACCAUCCGCCGCGUCCAGCAUGUUCGCGCUGCCAACGCGCAUUCUGCGCACGAAUCGGUAUCGUCAGACACCUGUGCACCCAACGCGACAUCAACCUGACAACGUCUGCCUCUUCUCCCACUCUCGCCCCUGCCGCAAACUCCGCGCCGACAGCCGAUCACAAUGUCGCUGCUCCGCCGCCACCGUCCACCGACAACCCAACCACUGCAUCGACCGCGGCGGCCAGCGUCACCACUAGCACGACUUCACGCACUCCCCCCCCCCCCACCGAUGGGACGACGUCUAAUGUCCCAUCCCCUGUUGCCAUCACCACCAACACUCCCAUCGCCAGCGAUGUGGAUUCCGUCCAUACUCGUCCCCGUUGCGAUCGCGCAUUCACAUCGGCCUGA